AUGGUGGUCUGUUUUACAGAGUCAACGCUUCAUCUUGUGUUGAGGCUUAGGGGAGGUAUCAUUGAGCCUUCUUUGAUGGCUUUGGCUCGUAAGUACAACCAAGACAAGAUGAUUUGCCGCAAGUGCUAUGCUCGUCUUCACCCAAGGGCUGUGAACUGCAGGAAGAAGAAGUGUGGCCACAGCAACCAGUUGAGGCCUAAGAAGAAGAUCAAGUAG